UGUGUUGCGCGUCGGACGCACGUCCCAGUUUUGGCACUGAGGCGAGUGUGUAGGAAUCAAGCGCGUCCUCCUCUCUCUCUUCUAACCUCCUCACAGCGAGACUCACGAUUCCACAGGAUGCUUCACCAUAUGCUUCUCUUAACCACUGAGUUUGGGGUUUGGAUGUAGGCGAUCCAUCGGGCGCAGAGCGAGUUCUGGAUUUGGAUGCUUCGCUGGCACGGCUUUGCGGGUGAUGGUGAAGCGCGUCUUGCGCGCUGCCGCACGUUUCCUCGAUCUUUCCUCGGGACGUUUGGCGAAGGGAAAUGUGAAGAAGGCUUAAAGAAUGGCAUGUAAACAUGGUUUCUGCCAAGAAGGAGAUGGUGACUGCGAUGUACCCCACUUCUAUUUCCACUCUCCUCUACUUUCUGUGUGUGGCGGCUUGCAUAAAGAGAAUAUCUGGACAGAUCAGAAAGGAUGAGAAAUUAUACCCGGAAAAUUUCACACGCAUUCUGGACCGACUUCUGGAUGGAUACGACAACAGACUCCGACCUGGAUUUGGGGGUCCAGUGACGGAAGUGAAGACCGAUAUUUACGUCACAAGUUUUGGCCCAGUUUCCGACGUAGAGAUGGAGUACACCAUGGACGUGUUCUUCCGCCAGACGUGGGUGGAUAGGCGGUUGAAGUAUGACGGCCCGGUGGAGAUCCUCCGGCUAAAUAACCUGAUGGUGACCAAAGUCUGGACCCCCGACACGUUCUUCAGGAACGGCAAAAGAUCUGUGGCUCACAACAUGACGGCACCCAACAGACUCUUCCGAAUCAUGAAGAACGGCACCAUCCUGUACACUAUGAGGUUGACAAUAAUUGCAGAAUGUCCAAUGAGACUCGUCAAUUUCCCCAUGGAUGGCCACUCCUGCCCGCUAAAGUUCGGCAGCUAUGCCUACCCAAAGACUGAGAUGAUCUACACCUGGACUAAAGGCCCGCAGCAUUCUGUGGAGGUCCCACCUGAGUCGUCCAGCCUGGUACAGUACGACCUGAUCGGACAGACUGUGUCGAGUGAGACUGUAAAGUCCAUCACAGGUGAAUAUGUGGUAAUGACGGUCUACUUCCACUUGAAACGGAAAAUGGGCUACUUCAUGAUUCAGACGUACAUCCCCUGCAUCAUGACUGUAAUCCUUUCUCAGGUGUCUUUCUGGAUAAAUAAGGAAUCCGUGCCCGCCAGAACUGUCUUUGACACUCGUUCACGCUCGUGCACGCACCUCCUGUUUUCUUCCACACUUCACCUGGGGCACUAGAGAUGCUGAGAAUAGCACGCUCUCAUUCUCCACUGGAAAAGUGUAACAAUGACCCACCUUCAGAUGGCUACUAACAGAGCGGUGCGCUUGGACCCGGGCCAGAGGAGCGGAUUUUCAUGUCCUAGAUGGAAGUGUGCUUAGUGAAGGGGUUUCUGGGUAAUGACAGAGUGGGUUUUUGAUGGCCGGUGCAUGUUCAGAAUGGACGCAGCAGGAGACCACAAUGAUCUGUUGUUUAUCUGUUCUGGGAUGGCUUCCAUAUUUCGCUUUCUCUACACAUGGCUCUAGUGUAUUUUGGAAGGAUGCUGGCUUCCAAAUGGCUCCGUUACUGAUUUUUUUACUACUUUUGUCAGCACAAUGUAGUUUGAAAUUAGUUUGGGAGUGUUU